AUGGCUGCUAAUAGGAGGAGGAGAAGUAGUGGUGUUGAUGACAUCGCUGAGGCUAUUCACCGGAUGGUGGAUGCGGUGCUGCCACCCGUAGCAGUGCAGCCUAGGAUGGCGAUUGCACCAAUCAGGGUGCCGACCGUGGAGGACUUCUUAUGCCACAAGCCAGCUGAGUUCACUAGUAAAGCCUCUCCUGAUGAAGCGGAUGCAUGGCUCCGCAAAUGUGAAAAGAUUUUUAAGCAGCAGAUGCAAACCCGGGAGGAAGAGGUCAAUUGGACCAACUUCAGGACUCGUUUCCUGGAGAAAUAUCUUCCUGACACAGUCAGGCAGGACAAGGAGGCAGAGUUUCUUGCACUACAGCAGGGAGAUAUGACCGUGCAAGAGCAUAAGUUUGAGCGAGGACUCAAACAUGAGCUUAAGAAAGUGGUGACUCCCUUACGAGAAAGGAGAUUUCUCGUCUUAGUGAAACAUGCCAAGAGUGUUGAGCAUCUAAAGAAGGGCCCUGGUCCAGUUGUGAGCCGACAUCAAAAAAAUGUCGCUGAGGCUAGGCAGAUGAAAAAGCCUUACAGCCGACCACAGACAUCUCAGGGUGGAGUAGGAGGGUCAGGCGACCGUCACAAGUGCUUUAUAUGCAACAAAUCGGGACACUUCGCCAACAAUUGCCCAAAAAAGAAGAAUUUGGGUGUGAAGAAGCCAGCAGCAUCACUAGCAGAGAGAGCUAGAGUGUCUACCCAGGUCUUUGCAUUGACCUCCACAGAGGCUAUUAAAUCAGGUCAAGUGGCUACCAGUUCAGUCUGCGUUAGGUGUUCAAUGGAAGUGACAGGUCGCAGAUUCAAGGUGAACUUGGUAUGCUUGCCUUUGGAGGGACUGGAUGUAAUCUUGGGGAUGGACUGGCUGUCUAACAAUCACAUUAUAAUUGAUUGUGGACGGCACAGUUUGGUAUUCCCAGAGCAUGAGGGAUUGGAGCUAAUCUCGUCUCAGAAGGCGAUUAAUGAAGUGGAAGCUGGAGCCACCUGUUUUAUGAUAAUGGCUCAUGUAGAGAAGAAUAGCACCGCCGAGAAGAUCAGUGUGAUUCCUAUAGUGGAGGAGUAUGUGGAUGUGUUUCCAGAUGAAAUAUCAGAGUUGCCACCUAGCAGGGAUGUAGAUUUCACCAUCGAUCUUAUCCAUGGAGCUGGCCCAGUAUCCAUGGCGCCUUAUAGAAUGGCACCCGCAUAG